AUGAAGGUGUUUCUUUUCUAUCUGACUCUAAUCCUCCAGGCUUUCCUGGCAGGCGGCUUUCCGGGUGCAUCGAGGCCCCUAGUCGAUCUUGGAUACUCGACCUACGAAGGGCUUCGACUCAAUGCUGGAGUUGACCAGUAUCUCGGCAUGCGCUAUGCAGCACCACCCUUGGGGAACUUGAGGUUCAGAGCACCCCAGGCUCCACCCCGAACAGACUCAAUCCAAACUGCAUUCAAGCACGGUCCGAUCUGCGUGGGCUUGGGUGAAAACGUCACAACGGGCGACAAGGCAGAAGAUUGCCUGUUUAUAAACGUUUUUACUCCGUCCAACGCAACAGUGACGUCUAGGCUCCCGGUCUGGGUCUUCAUCCAAGGAGGAGGGUACGCUCAAAACUCAAAUGCCAAUUAUAACGGAACCAAGGUUGUCCAAGAGUCUGGACAUGGCAUCGUGUUUGUCACGCUGAACUACCGAGUUGGCGCCCUGGGAUUCCUGGCAAGCGAGAAGGUGAGGAAGAAUGGCAAUCUGAAUGCCGGGCUUCUGGAUCAGCGAAUGGCUUUGCAAUGGGUGCAAGAGCAUAUUCCAAAGUUUGGAGGUGACCCCAAUCACGUUGUCAUCCAUGGUUGUUCUGCUGGAGCCGGCUCGGUUGGCUAUCACCUCGUGGCGUACGGAGGGAGAGACGACCACUUGUUCACUGGUGCGAUCUUCCAGUCCCCAUUUUGGCCAACCCAGAGGACUGUAUCGGAGACCGAGUGGCAAUUCGAUCGCUUCGUGAUAGACGCCGGCUGUGUCAACGCGCCCGAUGCACUGGCCUGCCUUCGCUCGAUCGACAUCAACCAGCUCCAGGCCGCGAAUGUCGCGUCGGCAUUCCCCAACACCACCGCUACCCCUCUUGUGCGCUGGUAUUUCUUGCCAGUGGUCGACAAUGACCUCGUAGUCGACCGCCUUUAUGCCCUCUUCGAGCGAGGGCGAUUUAUCAAGGUACCGGUCAUGGUGGGCGACGAUACCGACGAAGGCUCAUAUUUCGCCUUCAACGCGUCCACCAAGACUGAAGUUUCCCAGUUCCUGAGGAAUUAUUACCCGGAUCUGGAGAAACGUCAGCUGGAGACCAUCAAUAGUGUAUAUGAGAAAUCGGCCACCCUGCCUUACCACGCCCCAUUCUUCUCGGCGGCAUCCGCGGCCUACGGCGAUGCGACGUUUGUCUGUCCGGGCAACCACAUCGCCGCCUCCAUCGCCAGGUAUCUCUCCCCUGCUCAUGUCUGGAACUACCGGGUCAACGUGCAGGACCCUCCCAGCCUGGCGGAAGGGCUGGGGGUUCCGCACACGAUCGAGGUCCCAGCCAUUUUUGGUCCUGGGUAUACCGGCCAGGGGUCUUACUAUGAGACCGUCAACGCCGCGGUAGUCCCAGUGAUCAUGAAUUACUGGGUGAGUUUCGUUCGGUCGCUCGAUCCGAAUCCGCACCGGUACCACCACGCCCCGGAAUGGCACUCCUGGGGCAGUGCGGCCGGGAUUCGGAUGCGACUGCAAACGAACAACACGGCGAUGGAGAGAGUGCCGCCGGACGCCACGAGGAAAUGUGAAUUCUGGCACAACCUGGCACCUGCGAUGCAGGUGUAG